AUGAAUAUUUUAGUGGCCAGCGGUGGAGCAGAAGCGCAGCCCGUUAUAGUGAAAAACGAAAUGUCUGCUGAAAAUUUCCAUUUUCCCAAGGAUUGUGACCCUCAUGUUACCGCUGUGCUGAAAAUAAUCAUUGCGGUCCCUUCUCCAUCUCUCUAUAUGGCGACACCAAUCGCUUCCCCUUGUGCUCACAACAAGCUCUUUCUAUUAUCGAAGUUCGUCCAGAUCAAGUGAAGUGUUCCCAGAUUUCGAGGAAUCAAAAUGAAGGUCAAAUUUGAUUGUCAUAAGAUGUUAGAACAUAACA